CUUCACCUCCUGUUGAGGCACGUCUGUCCUCGCAGGAGACACCAGCACACGACAGGAAACGACAGGAGACAAGAGGAGAAGACAGGAGACCACAGGAGACCACAACAGACCACAACAGACGACAGAAGACAACAGGAGAAUGCAGUAGACAUCAGGAGACAACAACAGACGACAGGAGACAACAACAGACGAUAAGAGACAACAGGAGAAUAGGGGAGACAGCAAGAGAGAACAGCUGUCCAUCUCUCACAGGUUGAUGGGACGCUUCAGUCUGGACCAGUGGAGGACUGACAGAAAUAAAAACAUGCUGCUGCCAUCCAUAGCUUUGACUUUGACUGUCUGCACCCUGCUGAUCAGCUCUGAGCUCAUCCAGUGUACAGUGUUCCUGGAUCAGUCUACAGCGAGUCAGAUCCUUCGCUUGCCCUCCUCCUCCAGGAGGCGUCGGGCCAACUCCUUCUCCCUGGAGGAGAUGUUACCAGGGAACCUGGAGAGGGAGUGCUACGAGGAGAGCUGCUCUCAGGAGGAGGCCGCAGAGAUCUUCCAGACCAAAGAAAAGACGCUGGAGUUUUGGUACAGAUACACAAAUCUGAACCCCUGUCUAAUCAACCCCUGUAUGAACGGAGGGCUCUGCACUAUGGACCGAGGACACUUCACGUGUCUCUGUCCUCCUCAGUACAAUGGCAAAAUAUGCGAAUCAGUGGUGUUGGAGUGUCACUAUAGAAACGGAGGCUGUCUGCAGUACUGUAGGGAUCUGACAGGGGGGGGGGGAGUUCAGUGCGGCUGCGCUGAGGGAUUCAAAUUGGAUCCAGAUGGACAGAGCUGCUCCUCUACAGUGUUGUUCCCGUGUGGUCGCCAGCAGAUGCAUAUAUUGUACCGUGGUCGCUCUCUGUGGGACGUCUCUGAAUGGGACAACAUCACCAUGGAGACACACGGCAACAUCACUGAAAACUGGGACCUUAAACUGAAUUUUACAGAGACAGAGGAGGAGAGGAUGACAAUGAACUCCACAUCAAGACAGGAAAGAAGAAAUGACACUUGGUUGAUGGGGGAUGAGAGGGAGGGAGGUGAGGCUGGGGGAGAAGAGGAAGAGAAUGACAGGGUGACAACUCGUAUUGUGGGUGGAGUCCUGGAGAAACCAGGAGGGAGUCCCUGGCAGGUUCUGAUCCACAGGUCUGAUGGUUAUGGUUUCUGUGGAGGGACUCUGGUUUCUGAUCGCUGGGUCGUCUCUGCUGCACACUGCUUUGAAGAGUCUGCAGACCACGUGACUAUAGGAAACUAUGAUAAGCGGCGUCCUGAUCAAGGUGAGCAGCUGAUAAAGAUCCAGAGGGUCUUUGUUCAUCCUCACUUCCACUCCUUCACCUUCGACAGUGACAUUGCUCUGGUCUACCUCGCCCAGCCCGUCCUUAGGGGCCCCACAGCCGUCCCCGCCUGUUUGCCCGACGCCCACCUGUCCAAGUACCUGCUGAAGGAGGAUAACCGGGGGGUGGUGACGGGCUGGGGGCUCACUCGGUUCAUGGGCAGGUCCUCCCGGUUCCUGAGGAAGGUGGCACUCCCAGUGGUCAGCUACAAAGACUGCACUGCGUCCACUGAACAGGUGAUCACAGACAACAUGUUUUGUGCAGGUUACCUGGAGACCAGUAUGGAUGCCUGUAGUGGAGACAGUGGGGGACCCUUCAUGGUGAGCUACAGAGGGACCUGGUUUCUGACUGGAAUCAUCAGCUGGGGGGAGAAAUGUGCUGCUAAGGGGAAGUACGGAGUUUAUACCCGACUAGGAAACUUCCUGAACUGGAUCAGAGACACCAUGGAGAGACAGGAUCUAAAUGGUACCAGGAGCUGAGAGAUGAAAACUGAUGAGGACUGAUGAGGACUGAUGUAAAUGUAAAACUGACUUCACAGAACACGUGAGCAACGUGCAGCAUCAACCCCUCACCUGCGUGAAGUCUGACCUCUGCUGGUGCAGAUACUGACCUGACCCUCUGCUAUUGGCUGCUCUUUGGUCUUUUGGUGCAAUAAUGAUAACAAUGAGAACACUUUCCAUAUCUGAAGGUCAAGUGGGUCAACGAGGUAUGUGUGUGUGUGUGUGUGUGUGUGUGUGUGUGUGUGUGUGUGUGUGUGUGUGUGUGUGUUUGUUUAUAUGUGUGUGUGUCUCAUAGUGUACGUCCCACCUGCUCCUGCAAGUGAACACACCUGGGGCCUCGUUUAUAAAACAGUGCAUAGGAUUUCUAGUAAAAGUGUACGUGCGCACAAAGUUGAAAACACCAUGGAGUGGGGUGAGGAGCCAGCACCUGGGGAGGCAACCACUGUCACCUGCAGGUUAAAACAGAGUAAUUGUACAUCUUGAAUUAGAAUUACUAUCAUACAUUGUUUUAUUAACAGCCAUCACGCACAGCACCCGCUUGUAGUCUAUUCCCUCACCGCUGUGUGCCAGGAUAAAAGAGUCACGAGUUGAGCCAGCUGCUACCACAUCUGUCAGUUAGAGUCACAUAUGACUUGGACAUUUAUUGACUGCACGUGUUUUCUAUUCACAUAAACAAAUUUGUUUUCAGAUGGAGCCUGUAUAGCAAUAUGAGUGCAGUCAAUUGCUCCAAUUACAUUUAGGAAACCAGACAUUGCUGCUAAUUGCCUUUUGAUGUGGGGCUGUUCUCCCACAGUGAAAGGGAACUUGAUGUAUCGACUACUCAUUUUAAUAAUCCCACCCAGAACUGCAGGCAUUAUUGAACGCAGGAAGUGGAACGCAUCUUUCAGGCCCGGUUUUGUGCGUACGCAACAGUUAUAAAUGAGGCCCCUGGUCUGCUCAGUAGUUAUGGCGCUGGGUUCACCCUGAGUUCUGCACAGGCCUAAAACUAAGAAGGAACUGAUGAAGGAAUGACCUCUCUCUGUUUCCUGUUGAGCUGAAAUGAAUUUAUUAUGUUUGAUCCAUGAAUGUGACGUCACGUAACCAGAGGACCAGGUCAGAUCCUGAUCUUCACCAGCAGGUUUUACACAUGGUUUAGGUCAAUGUGGUAAUUUCUUAAAGUCAUUGUGUUAAUUUGUUAAAUGUGUCAGAGCAGAAUAUGAGAAAAUUAGUUCACAAUCAAUUCAUAACAGCUUACUGUGAAGUGUUUGUUUCCAAGGUUACAUGUUUGUCUCACAGUGAAAUACUCUGUAUUUGAUACACUGUAAAUAAAUCUGAGACAUCAUGAGACAUGA